CUGACUAUCAACUGGCCACAAAGUAAUAAAAUUAUUCAAUUGGGAAUAACAACCCUGACUGAUAAGAUAUGAUAACCUCUGUUCUAAUCUUUUGAAUUCUUUUCAGUUUGAUGAUUCGUCAAAUCAUGAUGAUACUUUGAGGUUAGGAAUCAUUUCUUUAUGUUGUGAAUGUCAAUUUUUAUUGUGGUUUUAAUUUAGUUUGAACUAACUAGUGAAGAAAAAGGAUCCUCUACAACGGUAGGGAGUGUUAUUUUUCAAGAAGUGACUGUAAAUCUGAUUUUUUUUCAAUAUAUUGUUUGAAAAAAUGUCCAAGUUGGUUAAAAUGUUGCCUCUAUUAGCUACACUUCUGGCGUUACUGAAUUUUGCUGACUGCGCUUAUAACGGUCGACCAAUCAUAGCAGUUCUUGCCCAAGAGAUCAAUGCUACCACCCUUGACAAAACAUAUAUCCCUGCCUCCUAUGUUAAAGCGUUAGAAGCAGCAGGAGCUAGGGUGGUACCCCUGUUUAUCAGACAAGAUGAGAAAUAUUACAGAGAUAAUAUGGCAUUUAUCAAUGGAGUUGUAUUUCCUGGAGGAGCUGCCAAUUUGACAAUGAAAGGGGGAUUUGCAGAAGCUGCUAACAUCAUAUACAAAAUAGCAAAGGAGAUCAAUGAAAACAGCAAGAACACCCAAGUAUUCCCGAUCCUGGGAGUCUGUCAAGGUCUGGAGGUUAUUUCAGUGAUAGCUGCCAACAUGACAAACCCUCUGGUAGACUGCAAGGCGGAAAACAUCAAUUUGCCGCUCAAAUUCAAACAAAACCACCAGUUUAGCCGACUCUACAGGAAUCUGUCUCCCGAAAUCGACUAUCUACUGGGUCGAGUGCCUGUUACCGUUAACCAUCAUCAUUUCUGCCUGACCGAGCCCAACCUAUCCUCGUAUGGCCUGGACCUAGACUGGCGGGUACUCUCCACCAACCUCGAUCAAGAAGGCCUUGAGUUCGUCUCAAGCAUGGAACACAAGGCACUGCCCUUCGUAGGGGUGCAAUUCCACCCCGAAAAACCAGCCUACGAAUGGCACCCCAUCCAGCACAACCCGCACAAUUUCAAGGCAAUAUUGGCAAAUCGUUAUUUCUAUGACUGGUUAGUGAAUACGGCCAAGCAGAACGAUCACAGAUACCCGGAUAAAAAUUCUGAGAAGGAUGCUUUGAUCUAUAACUAUAGGGCUACCUAUACACCUGAUUCCUAUGAUUUGCAGUAUUAUUACUUCGAAUCAACGUAGAAUUGAGGAAUUCGUUAAGAUGAAAAGCGAAACUGCAAUCGAAAUAAUUUAAUUUUGAGUAAAUUUGGAUUUGUAAUAAAUAUUUGGGAUAGGA